UGAAAAGGCUUUUUACUUCUGGCCUUGAACGAAAUGUACCGGGUGGCAGCGAAUCCGCGGCCGGCCAGUUGCCGUUGCGCUCGCGUUAUUUCCAUCCGGUCGCCGUCCGCUCCGGCCGAGGGGAGGAAGCGAGUCGCGAGUGCCCCCCUGCUCCCGUCGGAUCCCUCGGGAGUGAACCAGGAACGGAGAGCCAUCGAGGGGCGAUUGCACUUUUCCUCUCUCGAACGCGACGCCUCGCGGAAGAUUAUCGUGCCGCCCGGAAUCGUCCCGGCACCCUCGAUCUCUCGUCGCUCCUGGCUCCGACGUGCAGCAAGGACGCGCGCGUUUCGCCCGCGCCUCGCCGACUGCCCGCCGAGGGCGGCACCUGCGCCCCCACCCGGCCGCGUUCGCGCCGCGCGCCUCCCAAGGCCCAAAUGGAAGAAAGAAAACGCAGACGUAAUCCCGCGGCAGCGAUUGACCCUGAACUUCGGUGCCAGCAACAAUUUCCUUAUUCAGCAAUUUUCUUGGUAGCGAUAUUACGCACGCCACGCGACGCGCCUCUUACCCAAGGACGCGCCUUUUCCGACCGCGGCCGACGCGGACGAGGACAGGAUUCGGCAACCGAUCGCUUGCACCUUGUAGGCGGUAACAACGUUCGGGAUCGACCGGAUCGUUGGCGGCAUCUUCUUUUGCAAGAAACUACGGAUCGAGGAUUAAAGAAAAAUGAGUUACCAAAAGACCGACAUCUCCCGCGAAGCACCUAUUCGACCGUUCAGAGAUUUUGGGAGAGAAUCCUCCGCGAAGAAGAACCUCGGUAAAGGAGAGCAGGGAGAGUUCCAGACUCGAGAUCCGAGCGGCGUCUCGAAAUGGUCAGGGCGCUCGGCCCGGCUCGGCUCGGCGCGACCGCUUGCCGUCUGCUGCCCGCUGUAACCUCACGCCCGCCGACGAUGUAUACGGACGGCCUCCUGACCCUGCACUACGGCAAACACCCCGCGACCCUGGCGGCGGAAGUCGGGGCCUGGUACAGCGGGGACCGCCACGUGGACGUGACCCUGGCUUGCGACGACGGGUCCGUCGUGCGGGCUCAUCGCGUGGUUCUGGCCGCGGCCAGCCCGCUCCUGGCCACCCUCCUCCGCAACCCGGCCCUGGACCACGUGGUCCACCUCUCCGGGGUGAGGAGGACCCAGCUGAGUCACCUGCUGGAGUUCCUUUACAACGGGGAGGCCCUGAUCCCGUCGACGGAGCUGACGCCGCUGAGGGAGCUCUUCGAGCUCCUACAGAUCAAGUCGGAGCUCUUCGAGCCGAACCGGGCCCAGACCUCGACGAGUGGCUCCGACCCCGAGAGGGUGCCCACCCCGCAGCCCUCGGAGAGCCAAGAGAGCUCCAGCUACGAGUCCCAGUACGACGGCAGGCGAUCCGACAACCCCGCCGACUGCUGCUCCGUGCUCAUCAAGACCGAGGGCUGCGAGGAGGAGCCGGAGGUGGACGUCGAGGGCGUGGAGGGCGACGCGCCGCUCGCCGACGACGGCGUCGAGCCGCCCAGACGAAGGGAUAGCUCCGACCCCGUCAACCUGAGCCUCAACUCGGCCAAGGGCGGCGACGCCGCGCACAGGUCGGACCAGCAGCCCCCGCAGCCGCCGCCACCACCGCCGCCGCCGCCGCCCCCGCCGCUCGAGGAGGCCGAGGAGCGCCGCAGGCAGCUGGCCGCGCGGCUAGCCCUCGGCCUGGAGCCUGGGAAGCGGAAGCUCGAGGAGAUCCCGAUCCCGCCGGCGGAGGCCUACGUGGUCACGCCGCACAGGAAGCGCCGGCCCGGCUUCCACAACGCGCCCGCCCAGAACCCGGCCUUCGUGCCCUUCAACCCCGGCUUCGAGACGCCCCGCCGGCUGCAGGCGCCACACCCGCUCAGCCUCUCGGCGCCCCCCUACCUGCAGGACAGAGCCGCGACGCCGCCGGCCGGCGGGCCGCACCGCCCGCCCUCGGCGGAAUCGGCGGCGGCGGCGGCAGCAGCGGCGGCGACGGGCGCCGGCACCGGCUCGGCGGCCGCGCUGGAGCCCCCGUGGGGCACCUGGACGUUGCCUCCCGCGCGGCCGCCGCCCCCGCACCCCGCGCCGCCCGACGAUCCGCCCAAGCCGGCCCCGGUGCGGGAGUACCGCUGCAGCUACUGCGGCAAGCAGUUCGGCAUGUCGUGGAACCUCAAAACUCACCUGCGCGUCCACACCGGCGAGAAGCCCUUCGCCUGUCGCCUCUGCGUCGCCAUGUUCAAGCAGAAGGCCCACCUGCUCAAGCACCUCUGCUCGGUCCACCGGGGCGUCAUCGCCGCGCCCGACAACACCUUCGCCUGCUGCUUCUGCUCCCUCAGCUUCGACAGUCUGCAGGAGCUGAUCAGGCACCUGUCGGGUCCGCACAAUAACCUCCUGCUCAGCAAGAACCUCCACGACUAGCCGACUUCCGUCCCCUCGCCCCUCGGCGGGUGCGAGCCGGUCGCGGACCGGAGGGCCGCCGCUCUCCCCCUUCUCGCUGUACAUAAUGGCACAUACCUUCUAUUUAUUUAACGUUUUGCAAAGGGACCAACCGACUUUCCACCGAUUUUUGUCUUAAAUAGAUGUUAGCCUCCUGCCCGAAAUCGUCCUUUUGAGGAACGCGCCACUGGUUGGAACCGAAUGCCCCCGAGGAGAGACGGCUUUCGGCUUCGUAACCAGGAAGCGUCGACGGUAUUUCGGCGAUUCGGCAACCGGUCGUUCCUGGUUGAAAGAGAGAUUCGCGUCGGCUUGCGCCACCCGUGCCGACUUCGUUAACGACCGUAGUCGCGUCGCGAGUACGAGUUGAGUGCCUUGAUAGAGGGUCCAAAACGGUCGAUUGGGCAGUGAUUUCAUGUGUUCAUAGACUUAAGAGUACCAGAUCUAAGCUUUAGACGAGAAGUUUAUCGCGUAGCGGGAUGAUACCUUGAUCCUCGUAGUCCUCGUAAGUAGCGUAUCAAUUUAUAGAAAUAUGCGAAUAAUGGUUUGGCGCGGGACGUCAGAUUUAGAUAGAGCUCGAACGCCCCGAGACAAGUUUUCGGUCUCUCGUCGUCUCUCCUGGACGCUCCUCGUCCCGGUUCCCCGGCACCCUCCUCGACGCGGCCAAAGAGGCGGCGGCGGGCGGCGGGCGGCGGGCGGCGGGCGGCGACGCUUCUUCUGCUGCCGCCGCCGACGACGCCGCCGCCGCCUCGAAGACGAGACGGGGAACCGAAAACGCAGCGAGGCCGGGCGCCCCGAAGAGAUCGACGACGAGGAGAGCGCGACUACUACGGCCCCUCCUCGUGGCCCCAGGAGAGCGAAACCCGAGCGAGAGCCGCUUUCCGCCGCCUUUGCGGACGAAAGCCGCAGCGGAAGCCGCGACCGAUAUUCGUUCGGGACGAUCGACCGCGAGAUGGAAAAAGUCGGACGUUUCGUCUCCCGUUCGAUCCGGCCGACGGCGCGGAAAUCGGGAAGUCGCUCGCGUCGACGUCAAAGGAACGAACGACGCGAUAACGAACCUUACGCGAUAACGAUUACUCCGAAAGAGAGCAGUACACCAAAGAUACGUUCUAAGGGCCGCGAGACGUCGAGAACGCGCACGAAGAUCGAACGAGUUAUUUAGUCGAGUUCGUGCGAGACACCGAGACCUGAUAUGUUUCUAACCCGAGGUUUAGCCCUACGACAGAUCGCUGUGCGAGCGGACGCGUCGA